AUGAAGAGCUUUUUCCAGCGCAACAAAUCGCACGACCCACCGCCCCCCGCCCCGUCAGCCAAGCACCAUCGCUCUGCCUCUGCCCAGCCAGAGCUCAGGCGCACCGCCAGAGCUCCCUCUGUCCGAGGUGUCCCUGCUUCCCAGCCGCUGCACCGAACCGACAGGCCCGACUCGCCUUCUCGCGAGCGCCAACAUGCAGACAAACUUCGCAGUUCGAGCCGCGCAUCGCGUCCCCCGCCGGAGCAACCCACCACGACCACGUCCUACCCUGAGCGAACGGCGUACACUAACGGUAUCGCACCACCCAAUGGCAACGCCCACCUCAACGGAACGUACCCGGGCGACUCGCGCUCCCGCGCGCCGAAGACAUAUGACGCGCAGAGCAUCCUCGAGCGCCGCCGCGAAGAACUCCCCAUCCCCGUCAAACCCAUCCGCACGAAAGCCCCUUCCAUCUUCGAGGUCCCUGCCGCAGCUCUCGGGAAGACCACCAGCACCCGCGACGACCGGGAGCGCCGCGCUCGACGUCAUGUUGAGGAACCCCGCGAAGCACACGAUGAUCGGGAGCGUGCCAGAGAUAAAGAGGAGGAUCGCUAUCGGGAGAAAGAGGUACGGCGCCGGGACCGCGAGGAGCGGCACCGUCUGCAGGAAGUGCAGCGGCAGCAGGAGGAGAAGGAGCGGUUGGAUCGGGAGAAGAGGCGGCGGGACCGCGAGGAGCGCAAGCGCGCUGAAAGAGAGCGGCUGGAGCGGGAGGAGGAGCGCAAGCGUGCGGAACAGGAGAGGCGCGCGGAGCAGGAGAGGAUCGAGCGCGAGGAACGUGAGCAGCAGGAGCGCUUGACGCGACAGCGGCUUGAGCGGGAGCGCCAGGAGGAGAUGGAAAGACAGGAUCGCGAACGCAGGGAGCGCGAGCGACUCGAACGGGAGAAGUUGGAGCGCGAGAAGGAGAGGAUGAGGGAACGUACUCUGGAGAAGGAACGACAACGCGCAGAACGAGAGCGCGAACGCGAAAGGGAGCGGCGGGAUCGCGAGAAGGCGAAGGAGCGCGAAGCUCGUCGUGCAGAACGACAUCGUGCCAAGGAGCAGGAGCGGGAGCGCGCCCGUUUGGCUGCUGCACCGCCAGCAGCACCUCCUGUCGCUGCGUCUGUAACUCGAGACAGGACACGGGCUCGCGAACGAGAGGAACGACAGAAGGCUCCCGAACUGAGGGAAGCGCCUAAUCCUGCCUUCCUCAUGGCCAAACUCGUCAAUGGCAAGGACGAGGGCGACAGCUCAGAUAGCUCGGCGCGAAAGCGUCGCGUAGCUUCUCAGCUGAGACGGCAUACCGCAGAUGAAGGACCCUCGUAUGCUCAGGCGGAUCGACAGACCUACGGCGCAUCUACCUCCAGGGCGCCUCCAGUCGCUCACCAACCCAGCGACGCACAAGCAACAACCAGUCGAUCUCAUCUCCGGUCAUCAUCCCUGCCUGUUAACCAUGAGUUGACGGCACAGUCCAGUUCGGACACCGAUCAGAUGAGGCGAGAACGGCCUAAACGGCGCGCGCCCUCAGUUAGGCCACCAUCCCGCAGCCACCACCGGGAAAUCCCGUCUUCAGCCGCAGAAGGCGCGCCGCCAAUGAGGCCACCGUCUCGUAGCCAUCACCGCGAGAUCCCAUACUCGAACGCCGACGCGGCACCUCCCGCGGCGGCAUACCAACUCAAUGGCGUUAACGGCACCCAUGACAAGGCGCAGGAGUUCACACCCUCCUCGGACUCCAAGGGGCACAAGGGCAGUAGUCCGGCGGAAGCGUCGCCCGCUAGGAUCAAGCCAUCGCCGCCCUAUCCUGCGUACAAGGACAACAGCCCGCAGCGUGCCUAUGUGCCUAUUAUGCAGACGCGUUCAGCCUCGCAGCAUUCGCACUUCCCAUCCGCGGAGCAUCUAUCGUCCAACCACGCUCCGUCUAUUCGCGGCAAGUUUUCCCCUGCGAAUCCAUCUCCAAGAAGUCGUGAAGUCAAGCACUCGCCUUCGGAUAGUCGCGAUGCUGCCGUUGACACCCCGCCUGUUGCUGCGUAUCCCAGCGGAUAUGCGCCUGCACCACCCAUGGCACCUGUACCUGUCCUGGAUGCCCAGCCGUCUCCCCCUUCCCAUGGUCUCGCUCCACCCCAAAUGCCGGCAGCAGGCAUGUCGCGAGAGACAUUGCACUUGCCCACGCCCCGCGCCGUGGCACCAUCCUUCAACAUCUUUUCGCACGCGCCGCCCCAGGACCAGUCAACAGUUAUCGCGUAUGAUGAGGCAUCAAUUGCUGACCCUGCCUCGCAAGCAACGUGGGGCUCUAGCGCGUUGCGCGAGAGCAGAACGACGGCAUCAGCAGGCGAGAUGGCACGAAAGACGAGUCAGACACCAAAGCCACCAGUGCACGCGGAGAGCUCGAAUCAUCGGUCGUUGAGGGAGAACCAUAGCUCUGCGGAGUCAGUGUCGAAACCGCCAUUGACAGCGCUGAACCAUACCUAUGGCCUUCCCAUGCGCACACGGACCGCCAGCACCUCGGACAAUGAGGAACGGAAGGAAUCUCCUCGUGGCCUCUCUCUCAAAGAGCGUAAGCGGCGUGAGCAGCAAACAUCGUCAGCACAGUCCCUUUCUCAGUCGCAGCCUGCGUCGGGAUAUGUCAAGAAUGGGACUGAACGUGUUGCGUUUGCGGACGACUCUGGUAGACAUAGGCGCCCCGAGCCGGACAAGGGGCGGACUGCACCUCAACCCGCACCUCCUCCUCCUCCACCAGCCCAAGACAAUGGUCCUGCGUGGUUCACCGCCUUACAGCCGCGUACGCAUGGAGAACGCUCUUUCGACGCUGUACACGGGUCUCCUGUUCAUUUCUCGGACACAGCGGGGUCUCCUGCGCUACCAGUACCGCCUCCUGUCCCGCGGUUGCCGCCGCCACCUUUCGGCGAGGACGAGUCGCCGACAGUACCUCCCUUCGAAACGCCUCCGAUGGAACCGCCCGUCCCCGUACCGCCAAUGCCCGAGCCGCCUGAGCCGAGUCCGCCCCGUCGUGCCGCACCUGCGACGUCCAAUUCCCGGGAGAGGGUUAGAGAUACAGGUGUCGGGUUUACCACCGUGUCGCAAGCUCCUGCGCCAGUCCUCCAGGCACAGCAAAGCUCGAGUCAACAUAACACGAGUGGCUACUCGUUGGCUACGCCUGAGUCUCUUGCCCCUUCGCGUAGCUGGAACUCUGUUUAUUCGCAGAUGGCGCCGCCCAUGGCCGCAAGUGCCUCUGCGCAGGACAGGGUGGCAUUCCCAGCUUACCAUCAGCCUGCUGACGCCCAGCCACCGACUGCUCGGCCAGCCCCGAUCACCAGCGUCGCUCCCGAGGUAACCGCGACCAGAAGGCGCUCACAAAGCUACGACAGCCACCUUCCUGAUGUCUCCUGGUCGACGAGACGGCAGUCCAGGUCCGAUGCUGCCUACAUGGAGCCUCCUCAGAGGACGGCGACUGCGGCAGGCUUUCGCCAACAACCCAGGUUCGAACCUCCGCCGAGGUCUGGGACAGCCGCUGGCUUCCGUCAGGCGCCAAAGGAAUCGCCGCCCAAGUGGUCGUCGCCUUCGGUACGCACUACAAUCAACCAUCCCAAGCUUGCCGAGAUUCUGUCGCCGCCCCCGCCUGCGCGCGCAAAGGUCUCUCCACCUCAGCAAGACCAGAAUCGGGCACGGCAAGCCGAGCCAGCGCCUCAUGCUUCCAUGGGUCGUAGUGCUUCCGUUGCACCUGGUCAAGAUCGCGCGCAGAACUCCCUCUUGUUUUCUGAGCCUUCGUCGCGUGCCAUGCCUUCCCGCAUGGGCCGUCAGUCGCCUCCCCCUUCUCCUCCUCAGCGGCGACAUUCCCCCGAAGCCUCUCAUCGCCCUCCAACCGCCGUAGAGCCUCUCCUGGAGAGAGCCAAAUCACCCAGCCCAACGAAAUUCACCACAAGCCGUGCGCUGGCGCGCGAUCCACCGCAACGACCCCCUUCACGAGCCCAGCAGCCUCCCGCCUCUUCCGCAUACCCUGCAACUGAACUUUACCGCUCUUACAACCAAUCAUCAUCAUACCCCGAACCAUCCACAACGGCCCAACCCAAUGUAAUCUACAAGCCUUCCGAGACAUCUCAACCUCGCGUGGCGAAGCAGGCUUCGUCGGACUACCCUUCUGCUGGCGCCCAACCGCCGCAGUCUCGACGAGUUCAAGAACAUCCGGUGUAUCCUCCGGCAGCGCCGUAUUCUCAGACCGCUAGCACUCAUUCUCGCGCUCCAGAACCACCUGCCAAACCCACCGAGCAAAUGCGACCCUCGGAGUAUAGUCGCACACAGCCGAACGGUGUCGCGCAGGCUCCCCCAUCUCAUACAUCCUCAUCCAGACAUCAUCCGACGCUAUCGUUACCUACGCCUGUGUCUGCCUCUCGCGGCGCCUACCCGCCGCCCUCAACCCCUUCGCAUGCAUCACACCGGCCAGAGAGGACAGGACGAUCGCAAUCGACCAGCAGUGCUGUUCCCCCGCCUACUGACACUCGGGCGAACGGCUACCCGGCCUAUGCCACGUACGGCCGCGCGACUGGUCAACACGCCCCAGAACACAGACUCCGCCCCAAGGCCUCAGAGGAGUCACUUCAAACGCCGUCUUCGCUCAGGCGCUCACCUUCCCGAGGCUCGAUGGCUGCGUUCGUCGAACCCACAACCGCACAGCAGCAGCAUCAAGCGCAACAAGACACGAAGGGGCGGCAUGGUCUGCGCAACUUCUUCAACAAGCUGCAGGAGCAAUCAUCAUCGCAGCCGCAACCUGCCUCCACGUCCAGCGCCGCUCACCAGUUCUGGCACCCAACUACAGCGACGAAGGAGAGGGAGCGGAGUGCUGCCGUUGCUGCUGCUGCCAGCCGUGACGCACCGAGCGACUCGAAGCGGAUCUUGCAACGUGUCCCAGUCGCGCCGUCAACGCGAGCCCAGCCGCCGCCGCCCAUCAGCGUGCAGGUCCCCAUCUCGGGUACGACGCAGCCAGUGAAGAGUCCCAAGAUGCCUACGUCCUUCCGCUUGUUCAAUCCGAAGCGAUUCCGCACGAUCUCUGCGGCCUCGCACGAAGCAGCGGAUGGCACGGCACCCAAUACUGUCGGUUCCCCCACGGCCUCUCUUCAUAGCUCCACGCCGAUUCAGCCGCCGUCCCUGCGUGACCCAGUAUUGGCAACGGAGCAGUGGCGCACCAAGGAGGAGGAACAGCAGCGGAGGAUGCGCAGGCCUGCGCGCCCUGGCGUCGUCUUCGAUGUGCCGGAAGAAGUGCCGGGAGAUGGGCGACCGAGGCUGAACAGGCAGAACACUGGUCGCGUACGGUCAACACGCACGCCUACCAGGGUGCAGACGCCAGGACCCGGGAGCAAGCGGCCGACAGAGCAGUAGGUGGAAGUAUAUAUUGGUUGAGGAAGGACGUAUAUAUGGGGUGAUGGAUGCACGGGAAGAUUGGAGACGAUAAAGUAUUCGACGGAUCAGGAGGUGGCGAUCCUGGACACGACUUCGACGACGAGCACUUGUUGUGUUAUCAUGCCUUCCCUUCGCUUUCUAUGGUGCUAUAUAGGGCUUUCUGACUCAGUAGGAACAAUGUACUACCUAUUUACGCAUAUCAACUUGUACCAUAGUCUAAUAUUUCCUUAGUAGAAGUGCAUUUCUUGUCUCCCCU